AUGGAAACAAUGGAGAACAAUUCAAGAGAUGAAUACCAGGAAUUUGAAUUGCCACCAGGAUUCAGGUUUCAUCCAACAGAUGAAGAACUCAUAACUCACUACCUCUCCCAAAAGGUUCUUGAUAAUUGCUUCUGUGCUAGAGCCAUUGGGGAGGUUGAUUUGAACAAGUGUGAACCAUGGGACUUGCCUUGGAGGGCCAAAAUGGGUGAAAAGGAGUGGUACUUUUUCUGUGUUAGGGACAGAAAAUACCCAACUGGUUUAAGGACAAAUAGGGCCACUGGUGCUGGCUAUUGGAAGGCCACAGGCAAAGACAAAGAGAUAUACAGGGCAAAAGUACUUAUUGGAAUGAAGAAAACUUUGGUUUUCUACAAAGGAAGAGCUCCAAGAGGUGAAAAAACAAACUGGAUCAUGCAUGAAUACAGAUUAGAGGAGAAACAUUCCAUGCAUAAUGAAUGGGCUAUCUGCAGAGUUUUUCAGAAGAGUUCUUGUGGAAAGGAAAUGCAUAUUCCUGAGUUGGUGAGGCUCAGCUCCUUUGAAAAAGAACUUCCUCCAUUGAUGGAUUCUUCUCCAUUCUAUAGUGAAGCAAAAACUGCUGCUGGGGAAUCAUCACACAUGACCUGCUUCUCAGAUCCAAAUCAAACUGAGGAUCCAAUGACACAAGAUGACAUAGUUGAUAGCUUUGAAACUUCUAUGUUGGCAUCUUCAUAUUCUUCAAACCCCUCUGAUAUUUCCCCUGCCUCAUGGACUUUUACCCAAGCUGCCCCUACUUUGUCCCACCAAUCCACACAAAUUGCACACCAAGUUGGGAAUUCACUGUGCCAAGAUUAUUUUAUGAAUCAAGAACAGUCCAUGUUGAGGAUGUUGAUUGAAAACCAUGAACCAAGUUCAAAGCAGAAAGCUCAGGAAAGAGACUUUGAUGCUGACACCUCCUCUUUGAUGUACAUCGAUCAAAUGUUUCAGUGA